AUGGAGCUGGUCAAGUUUCAGCCGAAGCGCCCGAAUAUACGCGCUCAUCCUUUUUCGCCGAGCUCGGUACUCUCGGAAUCGGGACGUCUCUCCUACCUCCUGUGGGAUGGGAUUUUCCGGCUCCCGAUUGCCGGAUGCGGCGGCUAUCCUUUCCCGGGUGACAACUACUUCACCCAACGAGUUGAUGCAGCCAAUAAAGAAGGUAUAUCCCCAUUAGCAAAAUAUACCACAGCUAUGCGAAUGUUAGCAUAUGAUAUGGCGGCAGACGCGGUCGAUGAGUACAUCAAAAUCGGAGGUACUAUAACAUUGGAAUGCUUGCGUAGAUUUUGUAAAGGAAAUAUACAUUUGUAUGAGCAAGUGUAUCUCAGAGCUCCAAAUCGAGAUGACCUCCAAAGAAUUUUGCAUGUCAGCGAGAUGCGGAGGUUUCCGGGGAUGAUUGGAAGUAUUGAUUGCAUGCACUGGGAAUGGAAAAAUUGUCCUACGGCGUGGGAAGGCACAUUGAACGAUAUCAAUGUUCUAGAUUGUACACCAGUGUUUGAUGAUGUUGAACAAAGAAAUACUCUAGAAGUGAACUUCUUUGUGAACCAACGCCCGUAUGAUAUGGCAUACUAUCUAGCUGAUGGUAUCUAUCCUUCUUAUCCAACUUUCGUCAAAUCAAUUCGUCAUCCUCAAAAUGAACCAGACAAGUUAUUUGCACAACACCAAGAAGGAUGUCGGAAGGACAUCGAACUUGCAUUUGGAGUGUUACAAGCUCAAUUUAAAAUCAUUCGCGAACCAGCACAUUUGUGGGACAUAGCCGAUUUAGCUAUGAUCAUGCGGUCAUGUAUUAUAUUACAUAAUAUGAUUGUUGAGGAUGAACGAGAUACAUAUGCACAACAUUGGACUGAUUAUGAUCAUUCUGAGGCUAGUGGUUCUAGUACACCACAACCAUUCUCUACCGAGGUGCUAUCUGCUUUUGCAAAUCAUGUGCGUGCUAGAUGUCAAUUACGUGAUUUAAAUGUCCAUCAUGAAUUUCAAGCAGAUCUAGUCAAACACAUAUGGGCAAAAUUCGGGAUGUUCCAUGUUUAA